CGACCCGUUAUUAGAAGGUAAUUGUCCAUUAUAAUUGGGCCUUUUCAAUCACCAGAUUGACCGUUGACCGCUUCUCUUUCUGUUCAUUCUCAAUGGCAGAGCAGAAAGAAGAAACAAAAGUCAACCAAAAAUCUCAUUCUUUUGUGGAAGUGAUUUGCAAAUGUACUGGCAAGACUUGGCGAUUUGCUGCUGGAACAGAGGCAAAAUUUGCGCUGAAAUUUAUCAAUAGCAGUAGGAUUGAUUCUAUCUUGGCAAACACACCUGUAACCUACAUUGAAGCUGUCAAAGAUGGGGAAGUGCCUGUGAUUUUUGGUCCCAAUUCAAUUCUUGUGAAUUAUGGCAAAGGAUGGAAAUUGCAGCCAGCCACUGAGACUACAACAGUUUUUUCCAGAGGGAUGCCUGAUGACUACGCAGCAGUGCGACCAACAUAUGUUCCUCCGGCUUCGGACAACUCACAUUCUGAAAGGAGAAAAUCACAAGCUGCUCUAAGCCCUAUCUACAUCGGAAAGAUAUUGCUUGUAUUUAUUCUAAUGUUUUUGAUUGGUGCCGUCUUCACCUUGUUUCUGGAUAACCUUCCACAGCUAUUAUCUAGAUAUGGGCUCGACAAGUGAGGGAUGGCUCAGUGGUUAAGCACCUCCACCCACGACCGGUAGGUCCUGGGUUCGAGUCACACUGGAGGGGAAGUGUGGAAACACUAUAAAUCCUCCUAAAAUGGGAGGGGAAAAAAAAAAAAAAAAAAAAAAAAAAAAAGAUAUGGGCUCGACCAUUGAAUAGCAUCUGGAGAUGCACAUAGCCUGUAUUUAAGAGCAUCUGCUUGUGUAGAAAAUCUGAAAUAUUUGCCUGUGUUUAUAUUGUAAGGCUCUGCUAAAGGAACCGUUGCUAUGCUUACCAUCACUUAUUGGCUUAUUGCUGUUUCUGCAAAUCUGAUAUUGAAAAUCUUUGAACUUC